AUGGAAAUGUUUGCUGGAACUCACAUGAUACCGCACCAUGCUACCCCAAUUGCGGGUGCCAAAAUAGUGUCUGCAGGUGUGCGCAAUAUGUUUGCCAAUAACAAUUUACGAAUAAUAAUUAAAGAAAU